AUGCGUGAUCACACUUGUCAUGGGGAUCCGCAUGGUGAUCCCUCAGGUGCCCGACCUGCUGGCGAUAGGGUGCCGUCGAUGCGGUCGCUGGCGGAAGGCCCGGAAGAUGAUCAGCCAGGUUCAGCUGCAGAAAGACAAGGUGGUUCGGGAAGAGUGACUCCACUCAUGGCUGAAGAGGAAGAUCUCAAGAACCUGUACGUGAAUCCAGAGUUCAGCUCUCAGCAACUUUUGGUCAUGCGACUGCAAGACGCCUGCACUAGCUUCAAGCUUCGAAGGCUUCGAGCGCUGCUAUUCAACACUUCCCCGAGUAUCUGGCAGAAACAUCACCGAGGUUCCGGUUGGCAGAAGGAUUUGCUGGCCGAGAUUGCUGUGACAGCAAGCCUUGCCAUGAUCUUCGGCCCAGCCCUACCUCUGCUGAAUGUUCUUGCUGCCGUGUCUUGCUUCACGCGCUACCUGGUGGACUGGUACGUGUUCUUGCGCCACUCGCGACGUCCUCCCAUGUACGAUGAGACCAUCGCACGCGUUUGCGUUGAUCAGCUGCUCUGGGGCCUGGUCCUCCGUUCCGCUACCAGUAUUCUGGUGUGGGUGGAUCCGAUCCUCUUCAUGUCCGAUGUGGCGGGAUGCAGUGUCUCUGAAAGCGACGACAAUGCCCUGCGGGAGAAGUACUUCAUGGAGAACUUCCGUAUGAUCGAGAUGUUUUUCAAUCCGACCUGCAAUCCGACAGCUUGGUUCUUUGGCUUCCUGCCGGGCCUCUCCGCCGUCGGCUGCUUGCUCGUGCUGCCGAACCUCACUAUCUUGAGGUCGCUCUUCUUGGUCCUGUGCAGGCGUUGUCGAUCAAAGACUGGCUACCUCUACGAUGAAGUCGUGCAGGCGCGCAUGCAGCGGAGGCUGGUUCCGUCCUAUCAGCCAAGGGUACACCCAGCGUACCAGUCUGCCUUCAAGCUCAUGGACCUGACUGCUAACUUCAAUGAGCAGGGGCUGAGCGAUAGCUCCGAGAGCCAUGCUUCCACGGACCUGGCAUCGGAAGAAGGUGAGGAGCAUGAGGACAACGCCUUGGCUGCGACCAUCUUUGGAAAAGACUAUGCGAGCAUGGAUCACUUCAAGCGGGAGAAGGCCGAAAGGAAAGCAAGGAAGAAGGAGAAGAAGGAGAAGAGCGGAGAGGAGGGCGACAAGAAGCACAAAAAGAGAAGGAAGAGCAAGAGCACGGACCCUUUCAUGGACGAUGAGGUGAAUCCGUAUGAUGCUGGAGCAAGUGACAAGCACAAGAAGAAAAAGAAAGAGAAGGGGAGCAAGAAGGACCAGGCCCAGUUUUCUGAAGCAAAGGAACUGGCAGGUCUCGUCGACUUCUGA